UGGACCCACGUUCUACAAUUUUCCCUCUUUCACUGCCAUUCAUAAAAUCAAACACAAACAUAUAACUCCUUCAGAAACCGGUUGGCCUCACUAAUAAGCCAUCAAUCUUUCGGUUUCCCACAGUCAACCAAUAUGGAAACUCUGCCCGAUGAAUUGGUCCUCGAGAUCCUCGGCUACCUAGUAGCCCAAGAGCUGGAUCGCAAUCGGUGCUUUAUAUGGGCUCUCAGUUUGGUGAACAAGCGGUUCUAUCGUCUACUCAAGAGUCACCUAUAUGGAACGUAUGCAUUUCGUCUCGGACAUCCUGAAUCAUUCCUUCGCACCAUAUCGUCUUCCUCUGAACUCGCACAAUGUGUCAAGCAUAUCACUUGGGGCUAUCAAGACUCCAGCUAUCCCUUCCAGUUCUUUGACUUGCUAUCAAUCGCAGAGAAGGAACGUAUUGCAGCCAACAUUCGAGCUUUCGGAACUGUUUCUGCGAACGAACUCGCCGAUGCGUUUCCUGAUCUGACAAUCGGAGCACACUCACAUACCGCGGACGAACAGGCAUAUUUAAGCGCGUUGCUCAUGUUCACGCCGAACAUAAAGGUACUCGACAUUGCUGGGUUCGGAGUUCACUCCUGGAAAGGUUCUACGCACUGGUUGAAGCCAGUAGCAGACCACGCGCACUUGUUCGCCAACCUGGUGGAGGUGAAGGUAGCUGGCCCAAUGCGCAUCCGACACGUUCUCCCACUCUUCACGAUUCCCUCACUGCAGACACUAAAGCUCGAUUACUUAACAACCAAUCGUGAGCCGGCACCGUUAAACACAGAAUUGCCGUGGGGAGUUGAUAGCGAGUCGUCUCAAAUUUUGCGAGAGAAAGGAUCCUUCCUCAAGCACUUCCAUGUGGCACAUUGCUAUACAGGUACAGCUGAUAUUAUACCACUGCUCAAAGCAUUUCGAUGCCUCAAAACGUUUGAUUUUGAGAAUGUCGAGGGCAGUGAGGAUAAGAAGUUCCAAUCGCUAUUGAUCAGCAUCGUACAACAUUGUAGUUCGCUCGAGGCCCUUCGCCUUAGAGACUGGAGUACGGUACCCGAUAUAGGCGUUCUCAAGGUGCUGAGGGACCUCAAGGAUCUGCAUUCCCUAGACCUUGAUGUCUACUGCUUCUUCCCGCGCCACGAACAGACGACUGAUCCGGAGGCCCUAACAGCCUUUCUGCGAUAUCUUCCCCGCAAUGUCCAGCAUCUCGCCCUUCAAGCCAACAAUGAUGACGACGACGACGACGACGUCCCAUCCAAUACAUUCGCCCAUACUCUUCAAACCCUAGCACCGACGAUACGCACGUCUCUCCCUGCCUUGAGGAAAUUAGCAAUAGUAGACUGGGACCCUCUGAGGUGUAUAUUCCCCUGCCAAAUACAGCUAAAAGACCUCCAAAAUGCUUUUGCAGGGGCUGGCGUCGAAUUCACAUCUCGAUCUGGCGACACUUUGGGAGAUGAUCUCGUUUCAUUGGACUACGUGGAACCAGGAUGGGUCUGGGUACAAUCCGUUUCGGGGGAGAAUGGUACUUGGUUAAAAGAUCUUGAAAACGACGAGUAUAUGCUAUCAUGUAAGACUUGGGGUUGGGAAGAAGAGGAUGAAUGGGUUUGGAUUUACGUUGACGAACUGCCUCGUCUGGAACCCGAGAUGGCUAUGAGCCAGUAUCUUGCUGAGCAGCCGAUUUGGUAUUGGGGGGAACUUCAGAACGGGCAUACCUAGGUACUUAAGGAUCAUGUACGUCAUAUCAAUCUUGUACGAAGGUCGGCCUCGCCCAUCACUUGCUGCCCAAUGGGUGGGGUAAUAGCCAAGCC